AUGUACCCAUUACUCGAGACCAAAGAUCUCGUUGAGAAAUUGUUCCCGAACAACGAUCAAAGCCAUGAACAAGAACAAAAAUCAACUGCUUUUGAAUCUUCAGAUGAAUUUGUAAUCAAAAUCCCCAAAUUAAUCGUUCACUCAAUCGACAAACAACAGAGCAUACAAUUAGCUUCCGGAGUGUUCGAAAUAAUCCGUAUCCGACAAGGCGACACCUUCAUCACGACUCUCGUUCGUGUCUUCUACGAAAUCCAGUGGCCGUUAGCCAAGGACGAAGCCGCCGUGAAACUAGACGGGUCUCACUACUUCUUCACACUUCGUGUACCUUCCCAAUCCGAAAACGAUGUCGCAUUGGAGGAUUUGUUGAACUACAGUUUGACAAUCACCGGAAACUCUUCCGAUGAACUCGAUAGGGUUUUGGAGGAGUACAGUGCGUUUUCGGUGAAGGGGGUGAAGAUGGAUGUGGUUCUCCGAGGCUAUACGUGUAGAUGA